AUCCCGCAGCCCCUGUUUGGGCCCAGCCUUUUCUCUCUAGCUGCCACCACAGCCUGGAGGCACCUGCCUCCGCCCUCCCGAAUGGUGCUCCUCCUCGCAGGCCUCGGCCCAGGAUCCAGACCCCCUCUGCCCCCUGCCUCGGAGCUGUUGCUCCAGGUGUUUCCUGGUGGACUCCCCGGGACGGGGAGGGAAGAACUUUUGCACAGUCAAGGCUAUAGCUCUAGGAACCCCACAGACGACUUGAAUAUCUGUCUCUAACCAAGUGUGAGGUUCUUCCUGUGCCCCUUUUUGCAUUAUUUGAGAAGAGAAUCCCUUCUUGACUCCCAGAGCCCAGGAAGCCCUAAGGUGGGGCUCUGGUUCCAGCAUGUCAGUCCUAUCUUGUGCAUAGGGCUGUGCCCUUUUCCUGUCAGCAUGGCUGAACUCAGGCAGGUUCCAGGGGGGCGAGAAACCCCACAGGGGGAGCUUCGACCUGAGGUUGUAGAGGAUGAAGUCCCUCGGAGCUCAGUCACAGAGGAGCCCGGAGGAGAGGGAAGCAACAGCAGUGAGGCCAAAUUGUCCCCAAGAGAAGAGGAAGAACUGGAUCCUAGAAUACAGGAGGAGCUGGAGCAUCUGAACCAGGCUAGCGAGGAGAUCAACCAGGUGGAGCUGCAGCUAGAUGAGGCCAGGACCACCUAUCGGAGGAUCCUGCAGGAGUCGGCGAGGAAGCUGAAUACGCAGGGCUCCCACUUGGGGAGCUGCAUUGAGAAGGCCCGGCCCUACUAUGAGGCUCGGCGGCUGGCUAAGGAGGCACAGCAGGAGACUCAGAAGGCAGCACUGCGAUACGAGCGGGCCGUCAGCAUGCACAAUGCCGCCCGGGAGAUGGUGUUUGUAGCUGAGCAGGGUGUCAUGGCUGACAAGAACCGGCUGGACCCUACGUGGCAGGAGAUGCUCAACCACGCCACGUGCAAGGUGAACGAGGCAGAGGAGGAGCGGCUUCGUGGCGAGCGGGAACACCAGCGGGUGACGCGGCUGUGCCAGCAGGCUGAGGCUCGGGUCCAGGCCCUGCAGAAGACCCUCCGGCGGGCCAUUGGCAAGAGCCGCCCAUACUUUGAGCUCAAGGCCCAAUUCAGCCAGAUCCUGGAGGAGCACAAGGCCAAGGUGACAGAGCUGGAGCAGCAGGUGGCCCAGGCAAAGACGCGCUACUCAGUCGCCUUGCGCAACCUGGAGCAGAUCAGCGAGCAGAUUCAUGCACGGCGCCGGGGCCUGCCACCUCAUCCCCCGGGCCAGCGGCGCUCCUCCCCUGUGGGGGCUGAGGCUGGGCCUGAUGGUGGCGAGGACGGGGACAGUGGGAUCAUCGAGGGGGCCGAGGGUGGAGGGCUGGAGGAGGGCGGCAGCCUGGGACCUGGCCCGGCCCCUGACACGGACACACUGAGCCUGCUGAGCCUGCGCACCGUGGCCUCGGACCUGCAGAAGUGUGACUCUGUGGAGCACCUGCGGGGCCUCUCGGACCAUGCCAGUCUGGAUGGCCAGGAGCUGGGUCCGCGCAGUGGGGGGCACUGGGGCACUGACAGCAGGGGCCGUGGGGGCCGCCACCAGCGCAGCAUUAGCCUGUAGCCCCAUGUUUGGGAUGGCUGGUUCAUCUGUUACCACCACUGGCCUGCACAAGGCCAGGGAGGCUCUGACCUCCCUCUCCUCGGGUCCUUGAUUCCCUCGUCAGUUGUGUCUGAGGCAUCCUGCCUGUCGUGGCUCUUUCACCAUUGUCCUCCCCCGCCCGUGCAGGUGGCAGCUGUCUUUGCCUUACUCCUUCAGAAGGCUUGUCUCUGGCUCUCACAUUUUACCUCUUCUUGCUGGCUCCUCACAGUCUGUCUGAUAACCUUUGCUGUCCUCUUUCUGGUUUCUCUCCUUCCAUCUGUUUGGCAUUUCCCAUCAGGGAACUUGGCUUAGAAGGCACAGGAGGGCCCAUCAGAGAAGGUGGGUGCUGGACUUAAGUCCUGGCAUCUUGGUCCCCCAACUUGAGUGAAUGGACAGGUACCUCUCCUACCUCCCCAUCUCCCAGGGGGGCCCUAGGGAUGCUGUAGAUCCCUCCUGGCAGCCCUGUGCCCUAGUCCUCUGUCGCAGCCUGCCUGUGUAUAACCUGUAAGAUGCACUGUGGGACUGUGUGCCUCCAGGAAGACACUACCCAUCCCUUCAGUGCUGCUUCCUCAUGACCUAAGCCACUUUGUUAUGUGUGCCCCAAAGCAGGACUUGAAGGGUGCCGGUAUUAGGGAAGGUGAAGCCCAACCUUAGUGUCAACAUAGGGGACACUACCAACUUCAGACAGACUCUCAUUUGCAUGGCGUUUUCCCAACUGGGCUCAGCCCUUAACAUUGCCAAGGUGCUAGUGGGUCUCUAACAGGGUCCAUGUUUGGGGGUGGAGACGUAGUGAGAUCCUGAUGGCUGAGGCCCUUGCCAUUCCUGCUACAGAGUUAGGUUUACUUAUUCUGGGUAGAGGAUGCUGAGACGAAUUUCAGCACCCUCCUGCAGGGUGGAGUUAGGAAAUUUGGUGCUCAAUUGCUUUCCCUCACUCUUCCCCAAAGCAAACAAUACCUACUCCAGGAUCCCUUGGGGAAUGCUCAAGGUUAGCUGCUGAGCCUCCCCUGAUGUGGGGAGGGGUUGGCCUGGGGUGAGGGGACCCGCUCUCCAUAGGAAGCGGCUCUGGGUGUCUGGGGGUGCUCCCAGACUGUGUGGUGGGGAAAGGUGGGGAAGCCACAUGAAUCUGGGUGCUUUGGGAGAACCAGUCCUUCCUCUUAUCCCACCCCAGGAAGGCUGAGAGCUGGACACUGGGCAGGAGAGCUCAUGCCUAGGCCUGUGUGCUGCUACCUUCGACUCGGGGAGGAGUGGGCCUUAGCAUGGAGAGUGUCUCCCUGUCCUAGGGUUGAGGUAGGAUGGUCACAAUGAGAACCGCUGGGUUUGAGGUGGCCAUGGGUGGAGGGAAGAAGGAGAGGGAGGACAUAGGUGUGUGUGCGUGCAUGUACUGGUGUUUGUGUGUGGGAAGAGGA